AUGACAGGUAAUAGUAUUGGCUGAUAUGGGAUUGCAUAAUAAUCAACGUGUGAGACAAUUACCUCCGUCCUUAAUGGGUUAAUGGGGGAGAAAAAUUAGAACAUUUUACACUUACAUUUGGCAGGAUCCUGGAGCUGCUAUUGCUGUGCUCUCUCUCUGGUAUUUCCAAGAUGGCUUCAUUCCCUGGUACAUUUAUGCCACCUGAAAAGAGAGGCUAAUAGCAUGUCUCUAGUCAUGGGUAGCUACCAGCUGGCACUGCUACCUAAAAGACAAUUCAAUGGGAGGCCCCUGCAUUACCUUCUUAACCCCUUAAGGAUACAUGACAUGUGUGACAUGUCAUGAUUCCCUUUUAUUCCAGAAGUUUGGUCCUUAAGGGGUUAAAGGAAACUACACAUUUUCAAAACACGCUGAAACAGGACAAAUUUUAAAUCUGUCCAAUCUUCUGACAUGCCCAGUUGCUCUCAAGAAAGCUUUUCCAGACAGCAUCUGCAGUGAGGAACCCUGUGAGGAACCCUGCAGAACUAAACCCUAUGACAAAAAAAGAGACACAGAUUGUUUUUUACACACAAAUAGGUCAUGACUGAAGUUCCUUAAUCUACUUUUGUCCAUAUUUUUUAGUUUACUGCUUCCACCCAGAAAAAAAUAAAAUAUCUUAGUGAUCCUUAACUACUGCCAGUAAUUUUUUUCAAUGUAAAAACUAGUGGGGCGCUUUCCUAAAUGUCUCUAUGGAUGAUCCUCCACUGAAAUGGAGGUUCAUUUAAUUUGUACACUGCCUCACAAUGUUUUUUCAAAUACUUCUCAAUCUAUAGGAGGUUAUUUUUCAGCUCUCCAGCCCCAGUCUCGUCUUCCUCUAAGACUUUCAGCAACAAAGAGGAGAGGUAAAGGCUCAGUUUUUUUGUUAUUAGUAUGCAAGGGUAAAUUCUUACAACUAAGUCUCUGUCUUUGAUCUUUUUAAGGAGGCAAUCUCUUGGUUCCCCGACUGUGACAAUUCCUAAAACACCCAGCAAACCAACUGACGACAAAGAUGACAGGUAAUAAUUGAAAACAAGAGAAAAUCUCAAUGUAUCUUUCCUGUUAAAAUAUUUUAUAAAUAAAUAAAUAGUACUUCCUGAUAUGGGUUUGCAUAAUCAUCCACAUGUUUGUCAGAGUAGUAAUAUGUUGCAUGUAGAUGAUUGUUUUAUUCUAAAACUAACCUCCUUACUAAACUGUUCUUUGUACAUUCUCUGCCAAUAUUAUUCUCUUUUUUAGGAUACAUUCUCUAAAUUCUCCCAAUCAAGCAGUCCAUAAAGCAAAUGUAAAACCAAGAACUGACACUAGAGAGGAAAGGUGAGAACACCAACUGUUAUAAUUAGAGAAAACCUCCCAGUUCAUAGAGAUGAACAAACCUCCAUAAAACAGUCAUAACUGGGCAGAUUGCUAAUGUUCACAUAAUAGCUUGCUCGCCACUUAAUAACUGAGAAAUAUUUCGGAGGUUGGAUAACUAUUAUUUAUAUACUUUUUUUCUCUCCCGAAUCUACACAACUCUCUGCCUUGAUAAUCUCUUUGCAGGAAACAAACUCUAACUUAUCCAACUCCUGGAGCUAGCAAUCCAUCCAGCAAACCAACAGCAGACCACAAAAAGGAAAGGUAAGAGUGAUAAACUUCAUCAAAAUUAGAAGUGGAAAGUAACAACUGGUGAACCUUACUGAGGAUAAUAAUAUCUGAGUGAAUACAGUAGGAAAGAAGAAACAAAAAAUACAUUGACAGUUAUGGAAUGAGAAGGCUAGAAGAAGAACUAUUUAGUACACUAUGCAGUUAUAUAUAAAAAAAUUUAAACUAAUAAAAUCUGUAUUUAACCCCUUAAGGACCAAACUUCUGGAAUAAAAGGGAAUCAUGACAUGUCACACAUGUCAUGUGCCCUUAAGGGGUUAAACUUUUGAGUGUCAAUAAGUUGAUCUUAUUUAUCAAACACUCUAAACAAUAGGAAUAACUGCUCAGGAGACACGAUUCAAUGUUGCAUUGUCAGCCCAAUCCUAAAGCAAUCACACAGUCAAAAGAGCGUGACUGUAAAGGGUAUUGCUUCCAUUCUGAAUGGCAGCACACUGCUCUGCUUGUUAGAUCCUACUAUCUCAUCCUGGAGAGUGUGAUGAGCUGGCUGCCUGCAAACUAACAAUAAUUAUAUCAUAUAAUUGAAAGCUCUUGCUUAAUAUAUUUAGCCCUUGCUUCUUUUUACGGUGUCCUCAGGUAUAGAUUGUGUCUGUUUUUCACAAUCUUUAAUUAUGGUAUAGUUCCAGUUAAGACACUAUUGAAACAGUGGUAAUAACAGUCAUCUCUCUACAGAUAUAUUUCAAGGUAUUGGUCUGGUUUAACGUGGUACAUAUAUCAAAAUCAAAAACUUCAGUAAAAAUAUCAGUGCCAAGGCAGCAGUCAUGAUGUAUAGCCUCAGUUUCAUGAGGGUACCCCUCCUGUUCAGCCCUCUAUAGCAGGCAAACUCACCCUAGCUUUCUUUAUGUCUAUUCGUUACCUUCCUCUUCCCUCUCUAAUAGGGCAAUCUAAAAUAAAAGUAAAGCGAGGAGAGAGGUAACCAGUUGCUUAUUUCUGGAUACUUUCUUUCUGCUAUAAAUUCGACCUCAAUGAUCCCCCCUUCCCCGAAAGAGACAAAUUACUCCCUUCUCAACCCCCAGCCCAAGAUUUAGGAGACUGCCACACUCCAUUCAUGAUGUUAUCAAAAAGGAAUCUGCCUCUCCAUCCCUAGCUGCAUAUGUUACAAGAUCUCAAGUCACAAGACCACCAAAAUCUGCAAAUCAGUACCAACCUCAGAACCGCAUCUCCAGUAUGUCACAGAUUUUGCCAGUGUUCUGUACCAGCAAGUGAUUUAUUUACAAUUUAGUUCUUGUAUUUUGGUGCUGAGUGUUCCUUGGUGGGCUAGGAGAUGGAUCUUCUCCCAUUUGCGUUCAGUAAAUUUAUAUACUUGCUUUGACUUCACUUUGAUUUCAUACUUUAGUAAAUAACACAGAGUUUUUAAAAUGAAAGACACAUUAAAUCCAUAUACAUCUUGCCUUUUACUGUUCAGAGGCCUAUCUAUUAAAAUACUUCCAACUAAAUUAGUGAAGGGUUGAAAUUGAAGGAUACUGCUAUUUAAGACAAAUGGUCCAGUGACCUGAUUUCUCUUGCAAAUACUGAAACACUUUUGAGGUCAUUGAAGCAACCGAAUGUGGACAAAUUGCAAACCUUAAACACUCUAAGCACAAUAAUAACUUUAUCCUAAUAAAGUGUUUUUUGUGUAUAGAUUAUGCCCCUGAAGUCUCACUGAUCAAUUCUCUAACAUUGGGAGUUAAAUCACUUUGUUUAAACAGUCCUAUAUACACCGCCCCUGGAUGUGACUCACACAGUCUCACCUACACACUUCCUCUCUACACAGUUACUGAAAAAGUAGUCUAUUUGUUAACUUCCAUUAUUGCACAGAGUGUUUAAUUUAGAAUUUGUUAACUUCUGAUGUGCUAAUAGCCCGCUAGAGCCUUUUGUGUGUGAGUAUAGUCCAGAGUAGGAGAUAUAUUUUUCCAGGAAGCUGUGUGAGUCACAGACAUUGAUGGUAUGGCUAGGGCUACAUAUAUGUGAUUUAACUAAUAAAUGGCAGAGAAUUUAGUAUCGAAACUGCAGGGACAUGAUCUGUGCACCAGAACUGCUUAAUCAGGCUAACGUUGAUUUAGUACUUACAUUUUUCUUUUUACGUAAUGGUUAGCUCACAUCUAAUCAAAGAAGAUAUAUAUGGUAUGAUAUGCAUGGUAACAGUGUAAAAGAAACAACAUUUCAUACAGUCUGCUUUGUUACUUUUUAUUACCGUAUCUGAGUCUCCUAAAACCUUUUUUUUCUGUGAUACUAUCUCUGCAGGCGACACUCUGUUAGUUCUCCCACUAAUACAGCACGCACUACCUCAAGCAAACCAGUCACAGACCACAAAGAGGAGAGGUAAGAGUGUUAGAUCAGCAUAAGAAGUGAACACUAAAAACUGAUUUUGCUUUGUUGGAAUAAUAAUUUGUUUUUAAAUAAUGGUUGGGAAUAAAUUGCAGAGAAUAGAGUAAACAGCAUAGAAAAGCAGUAAAGUAAAACUAUAGUGCCUGGAGCAUUAUCUAGUAUGAAUAUCCCAGAUGAACAAGACAAUUUAAGUACCAGUAGUUUGAUCUAAAUUUUCAUGCAUUUUAAACCUUGUUAAAAGAAAGACUUAACAGGUAGCUGUUAAAGUGGUAUUAAAAUGAUCUUUACUCAAUAGAGCUGCACACCACAAUGAUUCCUUAAUGGAGUGAUGGGGAGCAGGGCAGAGCAGAUCUACUGAUCUCCCUCCUAGCUCGAAAAGUACACAGCUGAAGGUCCAAAACCAGGCAUGGGUCCACACAUGCCCUCCAGGGUGGAGGGGAGCAUUCUUUGAAUGGUACUCAUUUGGGUGUCCUUUGAGAGCUGUAGCCACUGACACAAUAAAAAAGGAGAAAUAGCAAUAUCAGAGAGGGCAGCCAUUUUCCAGUGAGAGCCAGAAGGGUGAUAUUGAUAGAAAUGAAGAGGAUGUGUGUAGCUGUAUAUUUUAAUUUACAGCAGACAGAACUGGCAUUCCAGAGUGCACACUGAACAUCAUAUGACUUCCCCAGCAAAGAGAGUGUAAGGUGCUGGGAACUCCCACAUCCUCUAGAUUGCAAGCUCAUUUUAUAAAAGGUUACUCCAAGCACCGUGACCAUUAAAGUGUUCUGAAGUGGUAAUGGUGCUUGGAGUCUCUUUGUGCAGCGUUUCAAUAUAAAAUCCUGUACAUCAGGUUUGCUGUUGAGAUUGCAUGCAUUAUUAUUCAUAUUGGGAGUCUGUCAUCUGCAUGCAAUGCAUGCUGGUCCAGACGAUCUUUGAAGGCAUGCCUCACACUCCAUGCUGCCUGAGUCCUCUACUCUGAUCAUCUCCUGGACAUACUUCUCCCAAUUUGCCUAUCAUACCACACUAUUAAAGUAAAUAGUCUGGUAGGUCUAACUAGUCAUUGUAUAUGUAUUAUAUGUUUUGUUAAUGCCAUUUAACAUUGAACAUAUACACGAGUGCUUGUCCAACUGGGUACCUUCCUCUUUAGUCUAUGCUGCAAAUCUCAUUAUGAAAACUUAUAAGUGUAGUUCUCAAAACCGGAACAGUUUGAAAUAUUGUUAUCCCUUUUACUCAUUCUAGCAUACAUUUGCUGAAUUUGUUGGUGAAAUAGUACAAAUAUAGAUUAAGCUUCACUUGAAAAAGUUUUACUUUACAACAUUCCUCCAAUCUCUAAAAUAUUUUCUUGGGGGGCAGACCAUAUUUUGGUUAUAUGUUGGUUCGACUCAGCCAAACAAAAAACUGAUUUGGGAAAUUAAGAAGAUGAACCAAAAGGUCACAAAAAUGACGAAACAGUGUACUGCAAAGUAUAUAAAUAAUAUUUAUAACAUUUUUCCACCAUAUGUUUCACAGAUCAAAUAUAGGGAAAUACAGGAAGAGCAGUAAAACAAAAUCUAUAUUUAUCUAUUUUUUAUAUUUUUUUAAUAUAUAAUGUAAAUAUAUAUUUCACUAUAUUGGCAAUUCCUAACUUGAUCUGUGAAUAAAAUUGGUCCCCUAGCCAUCAAUAAUUUUUUUUUUGCAUCACUUGCUGAAUACACAUAGCGUGUAUCAGUUGGUUCAUGAUGCAGCUACAUUUCGGACGGAUUUCAAGAAUUCGAUGUACUACAGUUCAUACCAUAACAAAUCUCCAAAUCUAGUGAUCGCUUGCACUGUAUCAGGCUUGCCACUGGUCUUAGUUUAACCUUCUCUCACCAUUCCUGCAGGAGACACUCUCUUGGGUCCCCCAGUCAUGGAGCUCGGAACGGAUCUAGCAAAACAGUAAAUUACACCAAAGAGGACAGGUAACAAUGAUCUGAUUGGGAUCAAAAUUAGAAAUGAACAAUUUCUCUAGCUUAUUUCUAGAAAUAUAUGCUUCACAAUGCAUUAAAUGUUUUGUGUUUAUAUAUUGCUUUAUGGAUCACAUAAAUGAUUAUAGUACUUUAAUAUAUCACUUAUGAAUUAUUUAAUUGCACAUUCAACCCCCAGAUGACUUGUUUUACAAGUUUUCUAUAGUGACUUCCAGGAAACAAGCUAAGUUGAUUGUAGUACAGAGCCAUUGCAGCCUCACCUCCCAAUGUAUCCAUUUUGUUUAUGCCCAGCUCACCAUUACUAUGUGGUGUCACCCCAAUCCGAUGUCCUUUUAUUUCCUGUUUCUUUAUCCUAGUAUCCUCCCUUAUUUUCCUAUCAUUUUUUAAAAAUUUUAUUUGUACAUGAUAAUACAAGAUGGAUAUUUUAUAUCCAAUUGGCUUCUCUCGGGAAUGUAUGUAGAUGACUCUCUGUAUAAAAAUGAAGCUUAAAAAGUGAUUGUAAUCUCUUUUCAGGAUGUACAGCAAAGAUAAAAAAAAUAAUCUUUAAUUUCCAUUCUCUGGUCCCGUAAAUCAUGCUCUUGUUUUCACUUUGUCUUACUUGCACCAGGAAGCACUCUGUUGGUUCCCCUACCUCUACAGUUCGCAAUGGAUCCAGUAAACAUGCAACUGACAGCAAAGAGGAGAGGUACGAGUGUAAGAUAUUUAGUAAAACAACCAAUUCUUUUACAGCCUAAGGCUUUAAAAACCAGCAUUGUGGCACAAUUAUGCUAAAUAUGCAAUUUGCUAGCUGAUAAGUUGUUGCAACACCAAUUAGUAAAAGACAGUGAGAGUUCUCCAUAGGAAAAUUUAGAAAUUGUCUAUUUAUUAAAUUACAUUGUGCUUUCACAGGCUGAAAAAAACAACACUUUUUUGGUGUAAAUAUUAUUCCUAGUGAGCUACAACAUUAUAGUUAACCCUUUCAGCACCCUCAAAAAAUGCCUAAAGAUAACUGCAUAUAUACAAAUUUAACUUAAAAGGUUAUUUUUAAUAUCUUCUAAUAAUGUGCAACAUUAAGUAAUGUUACUUACCGUAAAUUCUUUUUUUCUUACUAUAGUGGCAGUAUUGAAACAAGUGGGUUGUGUCUUCUGCUGUAGACAUGAAGCUCCCCGCAAAAUAUUAAUAUUUAAUAAUUUGAUUGUAAUAUCCCGCCUACAGUGCCCUUAUAAUUCUUGUUCCUGCAAGGUUCACCAGUCAUUCCAAGAACCAAAUGGAGACCAUAUACUGCAAAUAUAAUUUAAUCCAUACAAAAACAAGAGGAGGUAAAAAAGCGUACUGCCACUAUACUAACGAAAAAUAAUUUUACGGUAAGUAAAAUUAAUUUUUUUCCCCUGUAUAUAGUGGCAGUACUGAAACAAGUGGGAUACAUAGUAAUACCUCUUCUAAGAAAAUAGGGUGGAGAAAUCAGUAGGCCACUGCCUGAAGCUCCUUUUGCCUGAAAGCAGCUUCAGAGGAAGAGAAUAUGUCCAUGCCCAGCCUGUAACAAAAGAAGAGAAAAUAGGAGGAUGUAUAAGUAUCAAAAAAGUUAUGAAAAAACGAUAUAAAAAUCGUGUUCUAAUGUAUUAGUGGAAGGAUACCUAAUUCAGUAAGGAUUGGACUGAACAAAUAAUGUAUUGGUGGAAAGAUACCUAAUUCAGUCAGGAUUGAACUCAACCAAUAAUAAAACUUAACCUUUAACCCAGGCAAGCUAAAAAGUGGGACAAAAAGGGGGACUAAAAAGUGGGACAAAAUAUAAUUCCAGUAUCAAAACAUCAAAAAACAAAAAACAAAAAAAAACCUUGGUGUAAAAAUAUAUGUAUAAACCCCAAAAUGAGGGUCUACUACAUGUAGAAAAUUACCCUGUCUAUAUUCCUAAUCAAGGAAAUAUGGAGUAGAAAGGGUAGGUCUGCUAAAUAUCAACUGAGAUUUUUGUAGGUUUAAAAACCAACCAUGAUCUCUUAGAAAUUUCUUUAUGUUUUUGAGGUCUAACAGAAGACAAUGUUUUGAUUCUGCCUUUAAAACCCAAUAGUCCAGGUAAGGAAUUAUUGCCAUACCUCUCAGACGUAAGGUUGCUGCUAGAGGAGCCAGGAUCUUUGUUAAGAUACAAGGGGUCGAUUAGAGGCCGAAAGGUAGGGCCUUGAACUGAAAGUGUAAAAUCUUUCUUUUUCCAGCUUGUAUUGCAUUCUUCAGGUCAACUUUGUCAUAAAUUAUCCUUUCUGCAGGAUGUGUGUGACUGACAAAAUAUUUUCCAUACAUUUCCAUGCAUUUACUUCUUUGAGGUUUAGGAUAAGAUGAUAGGACUUGUCUGGCUUUCGAAUUAAAAAUAAGCGAGAGUCAACUCCUUCUGGGCAUCUGGGCACUUUUUCUAUAAUGCCCUUGUGUAAAAGAAGCAGGUCUUCUGUUUUUUUGGGGGGAUUGAUACUUUAAAAGAAGAAAAAUCAGGUCUGGCGCAGUUUAAAACCUUAUUCUGUAUAAUUCUGAAAUGGUCUUUAUUAUCAAGUAUUUGAUGUCGUCUCCUUCCAUUUCUGAGUAAAGAACCGAAGACAGCCUCCCACUCUUUUGACGUCAAUAUCUUUUCUUUUUGUCUUGUUUGUUUGGAUCCCUGAAUCUGGUGUCUCUAUUCCGUCUGCAAAAUUUACGAAAUUUCUCUUGGUAGUGAAAGAAACGCAUCACACUGAACUGAUAUCUUUUUUUUUUUUUUUUUGAAAAUCUUUUAUUCAAUGCAUACAUUUUCGUGGACAUUUAGGUCCUAUUUUCGAUGAAACACGGUUUACAAAUGAGUGCAUUAUUCUAUACAAUCAUAAUCGUGCUAUGGUAUAUGUCAAGAUAGAUGGUGUGUACAUAUGCAUUCAAUAUUCCGUAUUACAGUUGUCGGGUUUCAGGCGGGAGCUGUGCGUCUUCGGGUUGCUACUUAUCGCUACCCUUGUCUGUGUUGGUCGUCAGGUAUGGCCUCUGUUAGGGCGCUGGUUAUACGUUGUAUGGUUAGCAGUCAAUGUGUAUCAGUAGGUCGUUAAGGUUACCUGAUGAGACCUUUAUGUGUGUGCUAUGUAUAGCUUAUCAGCUUUUGUUGGCCACUGGUUAAUGCUGUCAGAGUUUGUGUUGGCCUUUUCAGACGUGGGCCUGUCGCACGUAUCUGGCAAAGGUCUUUGUGUGCAGUUUUGGUUAGAUAAAUUGUACGUCCGUCCAUCUAUCUAUGGGCUGGGAUUUUCCGGAUCAUCUAUUAUGUAGAUAAAGAAAGUGAGAGGGGGAAUGGGGUACAGGUAUAGGGGGAGGAUGGGGGUGGGGGGGGUGGUAGAAAAGAGAAGAAGAGAAGAGAGGGGGGAAGAGGGGAGGGGGGCGGGGGAGUAAAGUCGGAGCCGCCCAUUCCUGCGUCACCACUGCUCCGAAUGGUGAACUGAUAUCUUUUGUUGGAUUGAGGUCCUGCAUAUAUCGAAUCCUGAGGCAAUGCCAUUUUUUGUUUCUGACAUUUCUUUAAUUAUUUCUUCCAGUGAAGUGCCAAAUAAUUUGUUCAUCUCGUAUUGCAGUUUACAUAAAACAGAUACUGAAGCUGAAUCUGCAGUCCAGGUUAUGGAACAAAAAGGUAAUGGUUCAGCGCUAAACAAUCUAAAAGAAACUAAAACAAAAUGUAAAAGCAGCAACCUAUAGGAAUGAGGUCCCUCUAAAAACCUCACAUGGAAUAGGACAAACAGAAAUGGGUAUAUAGGUCGCGCUAAGGGGACAAGGAGGUAAAAUAAAUGAAAUAAAUAAAAAUGAUAAAAAAGUCCCAAAUAUAAAUAAACCUGUGUUGUUCUAGGAGAGUAUACAGUCCAAAUGGAUAUCUGAGUCUUCUUAUGUUGAAGACUCAGAUAUCCAUUUGGACUGUAUACUCUCCUAGAACAACACAGGUUUAUUUAUAUUUGGGAAUUUUUUAUCAUUUUUAUUUAUUUCAUUUAUUUUACCUCCUUGUCCCCUUAGCGCGACCUAUAUACCCAUUUCUGUUAGUCCAGGUUAUGAGCCACAAGGCUCUUCUGGCCACUGAGGAUAAACCCAUUAUCAGUGCAAAUAAUCCAAGUAUGGCAUCAGAGACAUCCAAUAGAAAGACAUUGGAAAGUUUCAGAAGAAAUAGCAGCUGACCUGGGUCUUUUUCCGAUAUUCCCAUAAGGGCCUAUUCUAAGGCUUGUAGCCACUUACUUUGGGCUUUUAGCACUGCUAAACCAGAGAUUUCAGCUUUGCACUGAUAACCUGCUGCCUGAAAAAUUCUUCUGCUUGAUGUUUCGGCCUGCUUCUCCAUGGGAUCCUCUAAACCAGAACUCACCAAUUGGGAUCGUGGUUUUCUUUGAUAAUUGUGCCACCUGAAUAUCGACUUUCGGAAGGUCUUCUCACUUUUCCUCAGUCUGUAGUUUAAAAAAGUUGCCUGAAAUGUUUCAAAAUAAAAGCAUGCCUUUCUGUGUUUUUCCAUUCUCUCUGUAGUAGUUUCAUAACCCUUGAUUGUAUAGGAAAACCUUUUACCUUACCCAUGGUAGAAUCAUUUUUCUAAACAACCGCGGUUACUUCCUUGAUAAACUUCUCCAUUUCCUCUGCUAGAAAUCCGUCUUUCACACUUGAGGCCAGACUGGAUACUUCUGAAAGGGAAAAAGCUGAACAUUCACCUGUUGAGAGCUCAGACAGGGAUGGGGAUCUUUCUCUCUUUUGUUUCUUUACCUGUCUUUCUUGAAUAUUAACAGACCCGCUGUCUUUUUUAACUGUAUCCUUAAAUGACUCAAAGGUUUGUGAUAAAUUCUUCUGGAACCAGCUCAGGAAUGAGUCAAUUUCAUUUUGCUUGGAUUUUUCCAGCAAUUACACCAAGCAUUGAUUACAGGUCUUUUUCCUACACUCUUCAGGAAGAGGGACCGAACAUUCUGAACAACACAAGUGUUUUGUUUUGCAUGUGGCCUUUUUAGGGAUAGAAGCUGACAUCUUAUCCUUUUCAGCUUUAUCCAGUAAAGCAGGACUGGACAUAUUCUGUUAAAGACAAAUGAGAAGAAAAAACACAUUUUCUAAAAUUAGAAAGCAUGCAUAUAAAGAUGAAGUUUUAAAUGGAGAUUUAAUCUAAAUUCCUUCCUCAAAAACCUCACCAAUGUGUAGUAGGGCUGGUGACACGGACUACCUGUUUUGGACAACCACCACUGGGAUCAGACAGGUCCUGCACAGCUUUUAUACAAAAAUCUUUAGAAUUUUGCGCCAAAUUAUUCAAAGAUCCGGCCUACGCAUGUGCAGUAGCGCAAUCAAAACUUCAGUGGAAAGCACCAUCUCCCGGGCAUGCGUUUCGCUGCUGUGUGAAUUCAUCCAUCCUGUAUUUUGGGAGGUCUUCCCAGGACCUCCAAAAAUAUGGCCACAAAAGCCAGCUUGCAGUCGUGUUCCGUAACGCUAUGGAACGGAAGUCUUCGCAGCCCAGUUCCCACCCGGGGAGCUUUAGGGCACUAACCUCGCUGGUCAGCAGCCUGUGCCGGUCGCACCAAUUUUUAGAAUCCUGGAUCCAAAGGAGCCCUGUCCAUCCUGUCUGCCGGGACAAGGAGAACUGGUGAACCUUGCAGGAACAAAGAUUAUAAGGGCACACUAGGCAGGAUAUAACAAUUAAAUUAUUAAAUAUCCAAAUUUGAGGGGAACUUCUUGUUCACAGCAGAAGACACAACCCACUUGUUUCAGUACUGCCACUAUUCGUGGGGAAAAUAAUCAUUUUCAUUUCUUGCAACCUGAAAUAACGCUCUUAUUUUCACUAUGUCUCACUUGUUCCAGGAAGCACUCUGUUGGGUCCCCCACCUCUACAGUUCGCAAUGGAUCCAGUAAACAUGGAACUGACAGCAAAAAGGAGAGGUAA